AUGCUCUUCUCACUGGUCUAUGGCAUUCUGGCUGCGGCUCGUGCCACUGCAGCACCCCAAGGUCCCGCUGCCUCGAACACGGUGAACGCACCUCAAUAUGCUCCUGUUCCGACCGGUGCCUUCGGCCCCAAUCUGACAGCUGCUGGCUAUCGUGUUGAAACCUUCGGCGGCGGCGCCUAUAUGGUUACGGACAACCUGUACCAGGCCUUGUUCCUUGUUUCCGACGAGGGUGUCAUCGUCGUCGACAACCCGCCUACAAUCGGCAUGAACAUGAUCUACGCUGUUGGGAAUGUUACCGAUGCUCCCAUCACCCACGUUGUCUACAGCCACGCCCAUGCGGACCAUAUCGGAGGCGCCUUCUUCUACGGCGACAACAUUACGAUCAUUGCGCAUAGGGACACCGAGGAGGAGUUAAGCCUGACUCCGGACCCGAAUCGUCCCCUGCCAGAUGUAACAUUUACAAAGCGCCACAAGGUGUGCGUUGGCAACCAAACGCUGGAGCUCGAAUACAAAGGUCCCAACCACCAACCGGGCAACAUCUUCAUCUACGCCCGCUCGCAGAAAGUCCUCAUGCUUGUCGACGUCGUCUUCCCGGGCUGGGUCCCCUUUGCCUACCUCGCACAGUCGCAGAACAUCCCCGGCUGGAUCUUGGCGCAUGAUCAGAUCCUUGAAUACGACUUCGACUACUACGUCGGCGGCCACCUAACUCGGUACGGCGUGCGCGCUGACGUUGAGACGCAGAAAGAAUACGUCUUGGACUUGAAGAACAACUGCGAGCAGGCGCUCAUCCUCAGCACCCUGCCUCCCAACGCCACCAACCCCAUCUCCGCUUUCGUUAUUGUUCCGGCCGUCUUUGAGACCAACCCUGGGAAUGUGUGGGCAUCGUUCAGAGAAUACGAAGAUGCUGUCGCGCGGUACUGUGAGAUGGUCACGAACCAAAAGUGGUUGACGCGCCUAGGAGGUGCGGAUGUGUAUGGGUUCUCGAAUGCGUAUCAGAUGGCCGAGUCGCUUCGCAUCGACUACAAUAUUCUUGGACAGUUUGCAGGCUCGACCUGA